AUGGCUCCUUCAUUAGCUCUUACUUUUUCCUCCGUAUCAUUCCAUUCAAGACCCUUUGGAAAGGACGCACGCUCCACCGUCCGAUUGGAAGCAAAAGACUCUAGAACCCUCUUUUUGUUCUCUGUGACCUCCGAUUCUAGCAGAGCCCUAGCUAAAUUGCAGAACAAUCCACCACAUCAUCCAUCGUUUCUCCGCCAUCGCAGAAGACACGCUUCAAAUCCUUCUCGAUUGCACCGUCAAACCCUUCAACCGGUUGAAUCAUCUUUCACAAAACACGGUUUUGUUUUCGGGUAUUUAAUGCACGAAUUUUGGUGUGCUGGUUUUGUUUGGUGA